GGUGAAUCUCAGACGGUCAACCCCUUCUCCCUGCUUCUGUGUAUCUGUCUCUCUCUCUUUCUGUCUCACUCUCUCCAGCUACUUAAUCAGACAGAAACAGAAUCUCAGAAAAUCUUACUCAAGAAUUUCCUGGAUACAAAUUGAAAACCUCUAGAACAACUUUGUGAAUACCGAUAACAACAUGAAAAACUUCCAUUUUCUCCUGUGAGGAAGGUUUCAGUAUAUUUUUAGACCCCGGUGUGAUCCAGCUUAACACUAUUGCUGUGCGCGUUUUGCUGCUGGAUUUGAGUGUUGCCUACAUCAUCUUUUCUCACGUUCAACUGGGGCAAAAAAGGAUUUAACGAAGGAGUUACAUGCUUGUUUCUAUGGUAACACUGCAUUUCACUGGGCCUCUGAAGGACUGAACAUCCAGCAAGAACGUCCAGCAAGUCCAAGAUAAGAUGUGUGAGAGGCAGGCAGAGAAAGAGCAGGAAAAAUAAAUCAUCUCAGGAGUUCGUCACAGCACGCAAACAUCCUACGGCUGGCACAAAAUCAUGCUCUCUUCACCAAUGAGCAGUCAGACCAACGGCAGGGGAGCAGUCCCUUCGGCUCGCAACAAUCAGAGGACAUUUUUGGAUGAUGUCAUUUUAACCUUUAGUUCACCAAUGGCCUGGCUGCUGGUUGUGGCUCUGAUCAUCACGUGGUCGGCAGUAGCCAUUGUUCUGUUUGAUCUGCUUGAUUAUAACACUCUGACAGGUCUCCCUCCUCCUCCUGCCAUCGCUAAGAGAGGUUUGAAGGCUAGAGGUGGUGUCCGUCCAAUUAAAUCCAGCCCUGCUAGAAUCCCAGCUCAGGAGAGCACUGAUUGGUUGGGGAUGAUGUGGACGUUUGCAGCCAGUUUGGUAGCGCCGGAUGAGGCCGAGGAAGGUAUUCACCAGCUAACCGAAACCCUCACAUCUUUCCACUCUGAGGAGCUCUAAAAGAGAGGACUGUGGAGAGGGGACAAAAACAGACAAGUAUAAAGAGCUGGGGAGAUGACGAGAAGGCAAAAAGAGAGGAGUGUGUCUGACAAAAGAGGAAGAGAGAAAAAUGGAGAGAUGGAAACAGGAGGAGGAGGAUGUA